GAAGGCUUUGCAUACGGUGUUACUGGUGGCGGCAAUGCCCGGCCUGACUAUCCUGCUAACAUCGAUGAGCUCAAGUCGAUGCUCACAGAAGAUGUCGCUCGUGUGAUUGUUCUCAAGGAUACCUUCGACUUCACGAAGUCUGAGGGCAUUGAGACUGGCAAUGUCUGUCUGUCCUGGGGUGCUGGAAGCAAAUGCCAACAGAUUAUCCAAUCCGAUUGUGGCAGCACCGCUUCUACGACGGCGACUUGGUGGAAAGCGCCUACUCAACCGAUCGAUGUUGCUUCCAAUAAGACUAUCCUUGGUGUUGGUGCUAAGGCUCUCAUCCGUGGCAAGGGUCUAAGGUUCCGCGAUGGAGCGACCAAUAUCAUCGUGCAAAACAUCCAAGUCUCAGAGCUGAACCCAAAGUAUGUCUGGGGAGGAGAUGCCAUCUCGUUCGAUGGUGCCGAUCUAGUAUGGAUCGACCACGUCACAACUCACAAUCCUGGUCGCCAACACUAUGUCUUUGGUUUCAACCCCAGCAAAAGGAUCACCCUCUCCAACAACUAUAUCAACGGCAACUCUACCUAUUCCACUAGCUGCAACAACUACCAUUACUGGAACUUCGAAAUGGUCGGUACCGAUGACCAAAUCACCAUGAAGGGCAACUACAUGUACCGCACCUCUGGCCGCGCACCUGCUCUCAGUGGCGGCACACUCCUGCACGCAGUAAACAAUGUCUGGGCCGACAAUCAGGGCCACAUGCUUGAAGGUGGAGAUACCGAAGCUCGUGGCAUAUUUGAGGGCAAUGUGUUUGACAAUGUCAACACCGUUAUUCAGAACGCCGCUUCCUACUCAGGAAAAUUGUUUGGGACCCCUGUUGGAAGCGAGAGCAAGUGCCAAGCUGCUCUAGGUCGCUCCUGCCAGGUCAACUCUUACUCGCAGUCUACUGGCGCAUUGGACACUUACACAGACACUUCAUUCUUCGGCGACUUUUCUGGUCUGCACAUUGCUAGUGCUGGCUCUGCAGCUCAAGCUGCUGCAAAUGUGCCUGGCAAUGCUGGUGCUGGCCGCAUUCAUCCAUAG